CGCCUCAGUGCGUCUCGAGCCACCGUGGGGGAGAUAUCGCAUCGUGUUGCUUCCUCUUUCACAGAAAUUGUCAGCGGUUCCGUUCAACUCGCACCACAUUUUCACGGAUACCAUCGUGGCGCUGUGCGUUUCGAAUUGUCAAACGUGCUCGCCAAACCAAGUGGCGUCCUCGAAUUUUUCAUUAUCCCGCGAAUGUACAGACCCAAGUGCCGGGUUACGCGUACCUGCCGUGCUAAUUCGUGAGUGUGCCGCGUGUGAUUUCGACGAGAAUAAUUAUGAGUGGCGUGCUGUCGAUGUUGUGUGUUAUCCUGAUUCUUAGCGUCGCGACGACAACGGUACGCGCCGGAUUAAAAUGCGACGCUGUCAAACCGUACUUCGAGUCCCAAGGCUUUCCUGCCAGUGACAUACCGAAGGAGGCGAUUUCAUCAAAGGAGCUGAAAAUAUGCGGCAGCGUGAGAAGCGGCGGAGAGGUCUGUUGCUCCGCGGACAUGGAAGUGAGACUGCAGGCGAGGGCACGUGACAAACACGAGAAAGCCACCAAAGAAACUCUUCAGCGACUGCAUCAGGUCCUGUCGACGAGAGGGGCCAGAUUUCACAGUUUCUUCAAGGAGCUCCUGGCAGCCAGCAAGAGGGGCUUUCACGAAAUGUUUAAGAAAACCUAUGGACUUCUAUAUGAACAGAACGCAUACGUGUUCACGGAUCUGUUUAAGGAACUAGAGAAUUACUAUGGCAAGGGGACGGUUGACCUCGACGACGUAAUGGACAACUUUUUCAACAUCCUUUACCAGAAGAUGUUCACGGUGCUCAACAGCCAAUACGACUUCAAUGCAAAGUAUUUGGAGUGCGUCGGGGACCAUAUGAAAGAGAUGAGACCCUUUGGUGACGUUCCUCAGAAGCUGGGGGUGCAGAUUAAGAGAUCCUUCGUCGCAACCAGGGCCUUCAGCCAAGCCUUGACUGUCGCUGCGGACGUCCUGAAGAGUAUGCAAUCGCUGAAACCGUCCGUGGACUGUGCAGCUGCACUUACCAGGAUGACAGUCUGUCCUUCCUGCAGCGGGAUAACUGGUAACGUGCUGGCGUGCGCCGACAUGUGUACCAACGUGAUAAAGGGUUGCUUGGCCCAGCAUGCGGCUCUGGACGCUGAAUGGAAUCACUUCGUCGAGGCUGUAGACAAGGUGGCGGAUAGACUGUUGGGUCCCUUCAACAUCGAGAUGCUGGUGCGACCCAUCAACCUGAAGAUAUCUGAGGCGAUAAUGAACUUCCAGGAGAACAGCCACGAUGUGUCCCAGAGGGUGUUCACCGGUUGUGGUAGGCCUGUCCUGGGUAGACGUAGACGCAGGGACAAUAGGGAGCUGAAGCUCGAGUCGUUGAACUUUGAUCAGGAGACGCCGACGGAGGACCGUGCCUCGACUGCUGCAAUUCUAGACAACCUCGUGAAAGAGAUACGACAGAGGGUCAGGGAUUCCCGUCAGUUUUGGAUCUAUCUGCCCUAUAAGCUCUGCAACGACGGCCUGGUGGUGCCACCCAGUAACACGAAGGAGUGUUGGAACGGCACUCAUGUGGACAAGUACAUAUACCCUGUAUCACCUAGUGGGGAGACUCAGAUACUGAAUCCUGAGGUACGGAGCACGGGGCCAAGGCCAACUAUCGUGAAGGAUCAGAUUUAUGCGCUGACGACCAUCACGAACAGACUGAAAUCCGCGUUUAAUGGACAGGACGUUGAUUGGAUAGACACAGAGGAGACGGACUGGACCGGUUCAGGAAGUGGAUCUGGCGGUAGUACGGACGAGGAGAGUCCGCUAACCGACGAUGAGGAUGGUUUCAAGGAAGGUUCAGGCUACGAGCCAAAGUCCUCGCCGACGGAGACGCCGAAGCAGUCACGGCCAGAUGUUAACCGGGAGGUUGUACCUCCACGGGUCGACAACGUCCCGAACACUGUCAGCAACAACAACAACAACAACAAGAGCAACGGGACGUCCACCGUGGACAGCGGCGCGAGCAGACAGAAGAUGUCCCUGUCGCAAGCUCUGACGACGUAUCUAGUUCCCAUCGUGGUUAUGUGGUUCGGUGGCUGCCUCACCGAGUGGCUGUGAUCAUGUGGUUUCUCAGAACAACUUGCUACGAUGUAAAUAAUUCCUUCCGACCGUUCGCGUCCUCGACGUGGUCGCAUGGAGGAUUCCCCGUUGGCGACCAGUUGAGAAGACAUUGAUCACGGUUCGACGACGCGUGUUUCUCCCAAAGGGUAACCGGAUACGCGUUCCUGAAGACGUUCCACGGAGAACGCUCUGUUGGCCAGAGCCAUUCGUCGGCCACAGGCCAACGUGAAUCGACCUUAACCGCCCAGGGACUGUACAGUCUGUCCUGGGGUGGCGAGAAGACUGGGACUCUCAUCGCUAGCCAAUCGGGGAACCGAUUUUCGAGAACGUUUCACGACUGACGAGCGUGCCUUCAGGACGAGUGGCAUGGUCGGCUAGAAUUGUUAGGAUUCGAGACGUUCCCAGCUUCCCUGGGUCACUGCUUACCACGUCAGAAUUGGGUGCAAUUUGCCAGAGUAUGUCGAAUAUUGAGUGGCUUAAUUUGGUAGUCUUGGAGUUGUACAGGUAAUUUAAGUUGAGGACCACCAUAAGUUUAUACAAGUAGACUGCUUCAGUAAUAUACUGCGUAGCUCCAAGAUGUGUUUCUUUGGUAAUUUAUAUCUCCAAUAUUAUCGAGUUAUGCUCAAUAUUUUACAUACAAUCACAGGGACCUGUGACCUACUAUCGUGUGUAUUUAGGUUAAACUUGGAAGGAGACUUCAUUGUACACAUUUUAUUCUACCUAUCAAAAGCAGAUUUAUUUCUUGAUCAUCGAUACAUCCAUGAAUAUUUGUUACUGUAAUUAUUUGGAAUUGAGAAUUGUGCCAGGUUCUUUCUCUCUAAAUUGUGCCAUAACCCUAAUAAGACCAAGAGUCUUUAUUUAGACUACGCUAUGAUCUUGAAGAAGUUAAGAAUCAUCACGAAUGAACAUCAUGGCACAAAUUCUAUAACAUUUCUUUCCAUAAAUGCUUGGUUAUUUACAAAAGUAUGAGUAUGGUUAUGACUAACCCAGCUUCUUGGAAAUUAAAUUCGUCAAUGGACUUCAAAGUAAAACUGGACAAGAGUUCAAUUAUUCUCAACCAUACUAAUAUUUUACAAGAGUUUUUCCUAUGAUGAUGACAUUAUACUCGAUUGCUUAGCAGUCAAAGCUAUCCUCAAGAACAUUUUUUUCAACAUUGAAUGAAAUCGAUCAAUUCUAUUGUAACUAACGCGUGUGUAGGGUAUCCAUUGCUCGAGUUCUCUUUAGGUGUUGGGAAAUGACUAGGGUAUUUGCAGUGGCGUAGGUGAAGCGAGUACUAGACGAGGGUCUCGAGGGCAUCGAAUAUACGUAAAGACAGAACAGAGUAUACAAGAGGCACAAGGACUGAUUAUCGAGCGUCGUAUUUCCUUUCCAGCUGCUUCCCUAAACACUGAACGUUUGUAAGAUUUAUGGCUAGAAGGGAAAAGGUUCGAUCGACCAGUCGCGACUCGUAACUCACAAGUUGCGACUGGUCAAAAGAGCGGAGAAGAAAGAAUUUAGUAGGACGUAGUAGGGAUCCCGAUUACACGGGAUAACGAGUAAAAUUACGUUUAUUUUUUACUUGUACAAAAAACUUAACGAUAUUCCUUAUUUUUAUUCGUAGAACCGUCUUGUCGAUCGGUGGCGUUUAGCACAUCGACUGCCACGACAAUCGUUCACGACAGGGGUGGACAGAAUUUUUAUUUAAAUAUAAAUUUAAAGAUGAAACGAUUUUAAAUAAAAAUUCAACUUUGGAUUGCAAAACGACAUUAUAUCUCAUAUUGAUGGAAUGAAAGCUCAAUUCAGUCAAAUAAAAUUCUGUCUACCUCUGGCUCACGAAUGAUAUUUAAAUUGUAAUCUUUUGCGCUUCGAGAUCUUUUUUUAAUACGAGCGACUUCAAGGAAAUUUUACGGUGCCUUCUGGAAAUUAAAAUCGUUCGUUUCCUCGUGGAAAUUUGUAAACGCUUGUAAGGUAAAUUUUAUUUAUUGAUUAUGUUUAUUUGGUUUGCAUUGACAUAAAUGAAACUUGACCUGAGUUGUGAUACGUAAUACUACCACGUAGCGGUGCCAGUAAAGUGCAAAGGGUUAGGGUCGUAAGGAGCCACGUUAAUCGUACACGAAUGAUGUCUCGGUUUUUAAUUCGUAGGAAUUCUAAUUGAUAUGAAAUUAUGGAAAAUCUUGGGAUGCACAUCGGGGGAAAUUUGUAUAAAAUCGUUUGGGCUGUCAACGUGUUAAGGAAGUUUGUGAAAGAUUGAUCGUACAAUGAGAUGUAAAUAAGAGGAGUGGGCGUGCGAUAGAAGAUAUAUGAAAUUUAUUGACCAAUGUAUGAAUAAUUACAUCCUUGCUUUAACGUGUGUAGACACCGUCUCAUAAUUAUCUUUUCAUUCGCACGGCAGUAGAAGUUUAACUUUAGUAUUUUCCUAAAUUAUCACCUGCCUGUGUUGCACUAAACGUUUGUUACAUUCAUCCAGAAACACAAGACGUAUACCUUCAUCGUUCGCCACUCUACUGCGUCGUUCCAGUGACAGUGUGUCAAAGCGCGGCGCCGGAACGUGGUCGAAAAUGGGCUCCUGUGAUAAAAUAUUAAAAAAAAAAAAAAAAAAACACUAAAAAAAGGAAAAAAUCGUGAAAAAAGAAUAGGCGCCUUCACACCCGGGGCGACGUCGAGCCUAAACGCGGGCGAAACAGAGACAUUCUACAAAUCUAGUGAAAUAUUCAAAUAAAUAUUGCGAAUAAUUAAUUAUUUGUAAUUAUAUUAUUAUAUAUAUAUUAUUAUUAUUAUUAUAAAGUGAAAUUAAUAUAAAAAUUGUACGUUGCGUUCGAGAUAUGCUGCCGUAGACGUAAAAGGGGGAUCAGAGAUGGGCAAAAUUCGUACUUAGAUCAAAAAUUGGAAUAACAAAUAAAAAGUACGUAAUUUUUUAUUCGUAAUUUAUUGAUUGAGAAAUGGAAUUUUAAUUGCGAGAAGCCUGUUUUUCAUUUAACGGACUUACAUGUAUAGAUUGUUCAUAAGCGUCAUUGUCAUUCAUUAUUCGAGUAAAAUUUUGACCAUCUCUGUGCGAAACUCGUUGUCUUUGGUAAAUCUUUGUUGAACGAGAACAGCACUUUUAAUGGGUUGAACGCUCUGAUGACGUCAGGUGUGCUUGCAGGAUUGGCGAACAAUAGAUUCCACUCUGAACGUAAAAGACGUCCGUCAAGGCGUUCAACCAGUUAAGGGGUCUUCUCGCUUCAGCGCUUCAAGAAAUGGGUCAUAUUUGCAAAUUUUUUUUUUUAGAAAUACUAUAUGUGUACGUCAGACCUUCCACAAAUUUGGCACUUAAUUUUGUUAAUAACUUAAUAAGAUUUUGGCAUCUGUAUAACUAGAAAAAUCGAUGUACAGUGACAGUGGGCGGAUCUAAACUUAUCGGGGCCUGAAUUAUGUACUUUGAGAGGGGCCCAAAUGUUAUUAUUAUGAAAAUAUAUUUAUCCUCCUACUAUUCUCUAUACGAGACACUCGGACAUUUGGACACUCAACGAUAACUUUACAAGUGUUAACUUUUGUAUUGAAUUAGAAAAAUAUUAAGAAGACUAUCUACACAAAGAACGUCAAUUUUCGGGAACAGAAAUUAUUGCUACUCUUCGACGUUUCUGAAGGUAAAAUGUCUCUUACUUUUAUCUUUACAAUUUUAGUUAGGUUCGGUAUUAUCCUUUCUACUAGCACCACCAAAGGAGGAAACGAUAAAUCAGCUGCUGACCUGCACAGGUGAUGAUGCGCAAGGAAUAUGCGCUGUCGACUGGUACAUGAAUAUAAUAUACAUACUUGCUCAACCAAAAUAAGUAUUGAAAAAUUCAAUUAGUCCUAUUUUUUGGCGCCUCUGAAGCGAAAAGACCCCUGAAAGAGUAACACGUGAGGAAUAUGGCGAUAGGGAACAGGGUUUUAUAAACUGCGAAAGCAUUUAAACGCGUCAGAAAGAAACACUGUGUCUUAACAGCCUCGUGAAAUCGACGGAAUUUAUUGCUGAACGCUAUAACGCGAGUUUUCAUUAAUGUUGAUCGUCCUUUGGGCCACAAGAGUUGACGAAAUUGUAACGUUGUUACACAAUUGAUUCUUGACUCUGUCGGUACGACUGUUGGCAAUGAUCAAUAGCUGUAAACAGAGAUGGGCAUCUGGAGGAAAGUCUCAAAUAAAUGAAAGAUUAACAACAGUUUGAGUUAGAAGAAAGACAUACAGUGGGUGUAAAAAGUAUUUGUACGCCGGUCAAUUUUCAAAAAGAACUAUGUAAAAUUGUAAUUUAUUAACUUACUUUUUAUAAACAAUGACAUUCUACAUAUUUUUCGGAAAUCUUUAGAAUAGAGUACCCAAAAAAUAGGUAUUUAUGUAAAUUGCGAAAUUAACAGGAAAAAAAACAAUUAUUCGAUAGAAAUAUUGAAGCAAUAAGUAAUGGCACAACUGUUUAAUUUUUAAAACUUCAUUAAGAAAAAAAGAAAUUUACAUUAAUUUAUAACUAUAUAAUACUUCCUUCGUGGAAUUUCCUUUUGAUGUUAUAAUCAUUGCAACUCUUUUAAGCAUUAAAUUAACUAAAUUAUUAGUUAUUCGAAGUGGGAUCUUCUUCCAUUCCUCUAUUCGAGCAAAAAAGGUUCUUACUCUAAAAAAAGUUUUUUUUAAUUAACAAGAAAAAAACAAUUAAUCGAUAGAAAUGUUGAAGCAAUAAGUAUUCGGAAAAUUGUUUAAAAGUACUUUAUUGGAAAUUUGAUGUUUUCUAAUUCGUACGGAGCAAUAAACUAAUGUGUUUACGUUACAAACUCUACUGUAAAUGGUUCGUCAUAAGAAUCGUACAAAUACUUUUGUACAAAUUGCUUCUAUACUUUUACCCACUUUUUGCAUUUUUUUUUGUUAAUUUCACAAAUUAUAUUAAUUAAUACAUGUUACUUGAAGUAUGUCUAUCUUAGAGAUUUCUGAGAAUACGUAAAAUAUCAGUGAUUAUAAAAAGAAGUUAAGAAACUACAAUUUCACACAAAAAGUUUUUUGUUAAUUGAUCGGUGUACGAAUACAUUCUACGCCCACUGUAUAACUAUUUUUAUUGAGCCAAUUUCUAUCUAAUCAUUAUUUAUUAUUUAUUAUUCCUGACUAUGAAACAUUAAAGAGCAUAAAUGCCCAUCUGUGAAA